UUUCAUCCAUCCAUCGACUGUCAUCAAUCACUCAUCAAAAAGAUGAACCUCCAUAGAAGAAGAGGAGGAGGAGAGAGAAAUGAGAGAAAUUGGUGGCACAAAUUCAGCAUUUUUGAAUGAUUAUUAUGGUCUAAUUACAGUUACUAAAAAUAGAAAAUUUCCUAAGUUAGUUACUGUGAGAGAAAAAAGUGAGAGAGAUUGAGGAGAAAGAAGGAAAUUAAUCAUGGCGGCUGGCCAAGAGCCAACCUUGAAUAAUAAGGAUAUGUCGCCGUCGCCGCCGCCGCCGCCGCCGGAUGCCGCUGAUGUGGAGGCGCAACACCUGUACGAGGAGGAUGAAGAGGAGGAGGCGUACUUUGAUGACCCUUUUGAUAUUGCUAAUACUAAGAAUGCCCCACCUGAAUCCCUUAGGCGUUGGAGGCAAGCAGCACUUGUGCUAAAUGCCUCCCGACGAUUUCGCUACACCCUGGAUCUAAAGAAAGAUGAAGACAAAGAACAAAGGAGGAGAAUGAUAAGAGCCCAUGCACAAGUUGUGAGAGCGGCAAUGCUUUUCAAAUUGGCUGGGCAACGAGAUAUAGUGCUAGACCCUUCAUUGUCACCCCCAAUAGUAUCUGGUGAUUUUGGAAUUAGACUUGAAGAACUGACUGAAAUGGUCAGGGAGACUAAAAUUUCAUCUCUGGAGGACUACGGAGGUGUUAAAGGGUUAGAAGAAAAACUUAGUACAAAUAUAGAAACAGGGGUCUCAGGGGAGGUGGAUGAUAUUGUAAAGAGAAAAAAUUCUUUUGGAUCAAAUACAUACCCUACCAAAAAGGGAAAGGGUUUCUUGUCUUUUCUGUGGGAAUCUUGGCAAGAUUUGACCCUUAUCAUUUUAAUCAUAGCUGCAGUUGUGUCACUAGCAUUAGGGAUAAAAACUGAGGGUCUGAAGGAAGGAUGGUAUGAUGGAGGAAGCAUUGUUUUUGCAGUACUGCUUGUCAUAUUUGUUACUGCCAUCAGUGAUUAUCGGCAAUCUCUUCAGUUUAAAAAUUUGAAUGCGGAAAAAAGGAAUAUUCAGCUAGAGGUAAUCAGAGGUGGCAGAAGGGAAAAAAUCUCUAUUUUUGACAUUGUUGUUGGAGAUGUAGUGCCACUUAAAAUAGGAGACCAGGUCCCUGCUGAUGGAAUCUUCAUAUCUGGUCACUCCUUGGCGAUUGAUGAAUCUAGCAUGACUGGAGAAAGCAAGAUUGUUCACAAGGAUAAGAAGUCACCCUUUCUUUUAUCCGGUUGUAAAGUGGCAGAUGGCUUUGGAAACAUGCUGAUUACUGGUGUUGGAAUUAAUACCGAAUGGGGAUUGCUGAUGGCUAGUAUCUCUGAAGACACUGGUGAAGAAACCCCUUUACAGGUGCGGUUAAAUGGGGUGGCAACUUUUAUUGGCAUAGUUGGACUAACAGUUGCUGUUGCUGUGCUGGCCAUUCUGGUUAUCCGAUAUUUUACGGGUCACAGCAAGGAUCCCGAUGGACAAGUGCAAUUCAUCGGUGGUAAAACAAGCAUUAGUGAAGCAGUAGAUGGAGUGAUAGUGAUUUUCACCAUUGCGGUCACAAUUGUGGUUGUUGCAGUACCUGAAGGACUCCCGUUAGCUGUUACUUUAACCCUUGCUUAUUCGAUGCGCAAAAUGAUGGCAGAUAAAGCCCUGGUACGAAGGCUUUCAGCUUGUGAAACUAUGGGUUCCGCAACUACUAUUUGCAGUGACAAAACUGGAACAUUGACAUUGAAUCAGAUGACUGUGGUGGAAGCUUACGCUGGUAAAAAGAAGUUGAAUCCACCAAGUGAUGCUGCCCAGAUGCUUAAGGAGAUCUCCACUCUUAUAAUUGAAGGUGUUGCAGUUAAUACAACUGGUAGUGUUUUUGUACCUAAGGAGGGUGGCGGUGCAGAAGUUUCUGGAUCUCCCACAGAAAAGGCUAUUUUGGCUUGGGGAAUUGAGCUGGGCAUGAAAUUUGAUGCUGUGAGAUCAGAAGCCAUUAUUCUCCAUGUUUGCCCUUUCAAUUCAGAGAAAAAGCGAGGUGGAGUUGCAUUGCAGCUGUCCAACUCUGAUGUUCAUAUUCACUGGAAAGGGGCAGCUGAGAUGGUUCUUGCUUCAUGCACACAAUUUUUUGAUGUGGAUGGUUCUGUGAAAUCUAUUAAAAGUGAAAUGUCAUAUUUCAAAGGAGUCAUUAAUGACAUGGCAGCAAAAAGUUUGCGAUGUGUCGCCCUUGCCUAUAGAUCCUAUGACAGACAUGCUGUUCCAAACACCAACGAGGAGGAGUUAGAACAAUGGACUCUGCCAGAGGAGGACCUGGUUUUGGUAGCCAUUGUUGGCAUAAAGGAUCCUUGUCGUCCUGGUGUAGAUGAAGCUGUGAGACUGUGUACUGCUGCUGGUGUGAAGGUUCGCAUGGUAACUGGGGAUAACAUUCAAACAGCAAAAGCAAUUGCUACAGAGUGUGGGAUUCUUUCUCCAGGUGCUGAUACUACAGAACCCGUUGUUAUUGAAGGGAGAGCAUUCCGUGCACUUUCUGAAAAAGAACAAGACGAAGUUGCCAAAAGAAUAACAGUUAUGGGAAGGUCAUCUCCACAUGAUAAACUGUUGCUUGUGCAAGCUUUACGCAGGGGAGGUGAUGUUGUAGCUGUCACCGGAGACGGCACUAAUGAUGCUCCUGCCCUUAAUGAGGCAGAUAUUGGUCUUUCCAUGGGCAUUUCCGGAACAGAAGUCGCUAAAGAAAGCUCAGAUAUCAUUAUCUUGGACGAUAAUUUUGCUUCAGUUGUUAAGGUUGUGCGUUGGGGACGUUCUGUGUAUGCAAAUAUUCAAAAAUUUAUACAGUUCCAGCUCACAGUAAAUGUUGCAGCACUUGUUAUCAAUGUUGUUGCUGCUAUUUCUUCAGGCAGUAUUCCUCUAAAUGCUGUACAGCUUUUGUGGGUAAAUCUCAUCAUGGAUACUUUGGGAGCACUUGCAUUAGCCACCGAGCCACCAACUAACCAGCUCAUGCGUAGAGCUCCAGUUGGGAGAAGGGAGCCUCUUGUUACGAACAUUAUGUGGAGAAAUCUAAUCAUACAGGCACUAUACCAAGUUGCAAUCCUCCUUACGUUCAACUUUGGUAGCAGCAACUUCUCACUAUUAAAAGAAGGAAACCUCGAGAAUCAGAAUAAGUUGAAGAAUACAUUGAUUUUCAAUGCAUUUGUUCUCUGUCAAUUGUUCAAUGAGUUCAAUGCUCGAAAGCCAGAUGAAAUGAAUGUUUUUAAGGGUAUAACUAGUAAUCACCUCUUCAUGGGAAUUAUCGCAUUUACGCUUGUGCUUCAGAUAGUCAUCAUUGAGUUUCUUGGGAAGUUCACAUCAACCGUUAGACUCGGCUGGAAACUAUGGCUCCUUUCAGUUGCCAUCGGCCUGUUCAGCUGGCCUUUGGCUAUUAUUGGGAAGCUCAUACCAGUUCCGAAAACACCGUUGUCGAAAAUGUUAAGGAAGCCAUUCCAACGAUGUAGAACUGCACUGAGCAAUGACCCGUCGCUACGGAAAGUCAAGUCAAUCAAGUGAGACAGACAUUCAUGCAGUUCAAUCGUUUUAGGAGGAAAACAGCUUAAAACUCAAGCUCUCAUCCUUACUACUUCACUAGUCUAGCAACACUUGUGUGCUGAUAUUUUUACUGAUACUAUCUGUAAAAAAACAAUGCUGACAGCUCAGGAAGUGUAAAUGCAAAUAUGGCAGUAUAUACUAUUUGACUGAUAUAGUUCCUUUUUGUUUUAAUUUUUAGAGAACCGUAAUUACAGAGUUUGCCAUUCUGUUUUUCGAA